AUUAUAACACAAACAAAUGGACGUCAAGUCCGCAUGGCCCUUAUGGGCUGGGCUACACACGUGCUACAAUGGCAAUUACAAUGGGAAGCAAGGCUGUAAAGCGGAGCGAAUCCAUAAAGAUUGCCUCAGUUCGGAUUGUUCUCUGCAACUCGAGAACAUGAAGUUGGAAUCGCUAGUAAUCGCGGAUCAGCAUGCCGCGGUGAAUACGUACCUGGGCUUUGCACUUACCGCCCGUCACGCCCUGGGAAUGAACUUCGCCCGAAGGCAUCGACAAGUGUUCAUACUUUAAAAGUCAAGUGCCUGUUGGCUUUUGUCUUAAUUUAUGAACAUAAAUGUCGUAAACCACGGUGGGGUUCGUGACUGAGGCGAAGUCGUAACAAGGUAGUCGUAGGGGAACCUGCGGCUGGACUGUCUC